ACUGAAGUUCGUGCUUGUUAUUUGAUUUUUUUUGAGAGAAAAGAAAAAGAAAUUUUUAUAUUUUUGAGAUAAUAAUUAUGGCAGUAUAUUAUAAGUUUAAAAGUGCUAAAGAUUAUGACUCGGUUCCAAUCGAUGGACAUUAUAUAACAGUUGCCUCUUUGAAAGAAAAAAUAUAUGAAUCCAAGCAAUUGGGUAGAGGCACUGAUUAUGAUCUUGUCGUCACCAACCCCCAGAAUGAUGAAGAGUAUCUUGAUGAAGACCAGAUUCAUAAAAAUACUUCUGUUUUAAUUCGUCGUAUACCUGGUCAACCUCGCAAGACUAUAGUUGCAGCACCUACUGAAACUGAGCCAAAUAUGGUUGAGCCGGAGAGUGCGCAACAGGCUAAGAAUAACUUUUCCGGAGCUGGUCUUUCGGCUCUGAACUAUGCUGAUGGUUCAGAAUAUGAUGAAUUUGGAAAUGACCUUUAUGAAAUUCCUGAAGUUGUAGCCCCUGUAUCUACUAAUCAACCUCAGGAUGCUACCGUUCCCAGUAAUGCUGACGAGGACAGCAAAAUCCAGGCCUUAAUUGAUACACCAGCGUUGGACUGGCAGCAGCAAAAUUUUGAUGGUUUUGGUGGGGGUAGAGGCUUUGGGCGUGGAAUGGGUGGUCGAAUGGGUGGACGAGGUUUUGGUCGGGGCAAUGGUGGCUUUGAGCGAAGAACACCACCUCCAGGCUAUGUAUGCCACAGAUGCAAAGAACCAGGUCAUUUUAUUCAGCACUGCCCUACCAAUGGUGAUUCACGUUAUGAUAUCAAGAGGGUGAAACCUCCAACUGGCAUCCCAAAAUCUAUGUUAAUGGCUACCCCAGAUGGUUCUUAUGCAUUACCUAGUGGUGCGGUGGCAGUUUUAAAGCCGAAUGAGGCUGCUUUUGAGAAGGAGAUCGAAGGUAUGCCUUCUACUCGUACUGUUGGUGAUCUCCCUCCAGAACUUCACUGCCCUUUGUGUAAAGAAGUGAUGAAGGAUGCUGUUCUCACCAGCAAGUGCUGUUUCACGAGUUUCUGUGAUAAAUGUAUAAGAGAUCACAUUAUCAAUAAAUCAGUGUGUGUUUGUGGUGCCACAAAUGUGCUAGCAGAUGAUCUGUUGCCCAAUAAAACACUAAGAGAUACGAUAAACCGAAUAUUGGAGUCAAAUAAUAGCAGUGCUGAAAAUGGUGGCAGUGCCUAUCACGUUCAAGAUAUGGAAUCUGCCAGAUGUCCACCACCUCCACAACAGCUUAAGAUUCCAUCUCCUUCACAGUCCGCAGCCUCCAAGGGGGAGCAACAUCCACCUCAGAAUGGGGAGACUGCAAAGAUGCCGUCCGGACCUGCUGAACAUGAUACAACUCUUAUAGCCCAGCCGGCAGUAUCGGGGAAAAAAGUCGCAAAUGCCCCUGAUGUCUCUGAAGCAACAUAUGGGUCUAGAAGUGUAAUGGAACCAGCAUCACAGGGAAGUGGACGACUUGCUGAUGAUGAGGUGCAGCAGAAGCAAGUUCCUGCUGAGGCAGCAAAGAAGAAGAAAAAGAAAAAAGUUAAUAUGCCUAUGAAUGCAGCAGAGAUGCAGUGGAGAGCGUCCCAGGAAUUUGCACCUGAGAACUAUAUGAUGCCUCCAGGCCCUAAUCCUUAUAAUCCGUAUUGGAAUGGCAUGCAGCCUGGAAUGGAUCCAUUUAUGGUUCCAUAUGCUGCUGGUGGCAUGCCAUAUAUGGGUGGAUAUGGGUUUCCGGGGCCAAUGGAUGUUCCUUUUGGAGGCAUGUUUCCCCAGGAUCCUUUUGGGGCUGGGAUGAUGCCUCCUUUUAUCCCACCACAGAGGGAUCUAGCAGAGUUAGGAAUGGGGAUGAAUGGUGGACCCCCCAUUAUGAGUCGAGAGGAAUUUGAAGCACGCAGAGCUGAAUUAAAGAGGAAGCAUGACUUCGAGAAGCGUGGUGGAACAGGAAGCAACAGGGAAUUACCAAAAGAACGUGAUUUCAGCCGAGAAGGACGCAGCCAUGUGGAUGGUCACUCAAUGAAGUCAAAAACUAGACCAAUUCCACAACACAGCAGUGAUGGACACCGCCACAGAACCGAACGGCCGUCACCUGAUCGUCGCCAUUCUCAUGAUGAUGGCCUCGAUGUUCCACCACACCCAUCCUCAAAGAAGAAAUCUUCUAGUGAUCGUUAUGAUUAUGACGACUACGAUGACACCCAUCAUCACCAUCAUCACUCUCAGCAUCAUAAGAGCCAUCGUCGUUCAGAACCAUCAACUCGAAGACCACCCCAAGCACCGGCGACCUCAGAUUCUAAGGCGGCAGCAGCAGCAGCAGCAGUAACUGCAACCAGUUCUGACAGUGAUCGGAAACAUAAGCGAAGUGUCUUCUCCCGCAUCAGCUUCCCAGAACAAGAAGAAGCAGCAGCUGCUGCAGCUUCCAAGAAACGCAAGCUUACAUCAAGUUCCUCAGAAGCAGCAUCUGGUGGUGGAUCUGUAGUGGCUUCCAGGAGGAACAGCACCGCCUCUGCCACUGCUACUACAACCGCUGAUUAUGAAUCUAGUGAUGAUGACAGACAUUUCAAGCGGAGACCUUCAAGAUACGAGUCAUCUCCUGUAAAGGAGAGGGAACGUGACCGGGACCGUGAAAAGAACCGUGAGCAUGACAGGGAACACUACAGCAAGCACAGAUAGUUGAAAUUAAGCAAUCUGGCAAAGAUUAGAGAAAUUAGAAGUUAUGUGUUUCUGUUUCUUUUCAUUUUUGGAUGUAUUAUCGUAACUUAAGUUGAUGAAAAGAAGUCAAUAUUUUUUAAA